UUUUUGUGUCAAUGAUUACAAUAUGCAUGUGUAAGACUCCUCUUGACUCUUCAGGGACUCAGCCCCACAUUUUCAUAUCAUUGUGUGAGUCUGAACAGUGCAAAGGGGCAUUGUAGCUGGAAUUCUGACAUACACAUUAGUGGUGGUCAUCAUUGAUCUAAAAGCAAAAUAACUGAAUAAAAAUACCAAUUCUUACCAAUAAAAUACCAAUAAAAACUGCAGUUCAAAAACUUAGUCCCAUAUGAACAUGAAUGUUUCUUUUUACUCUAAUGCAGAAAAUCAUUUUUUUGAUUUAAUUAGAUGGGUUGACUUAGCAAAUGUUUCAGAAUCAUAGAACCCCAGAUGAGCACAUAUUACGUUAGGAUGGGUCACUUGUUUAAUGAGAUUUUGUCCCUUGAACCCACAAUUUGGAGGAUUUUUAUUUAAAAGUAUAUACACUGCACAUGAAGGUUUAUGAGUGAGGAGAGGAAAUGUAAUUUUGAAUUGCUCCUCCUUGUUUAUUUUAUAGUAAUGUAUGUAUUUUUGUUAGCCUUUUGCCUCUGUUGACUUAAUUCUAUUAGUCAUCUCCUGCUGAAUCCAAUGUACUGCACUUAAUUUCCCCAUGGGAUAAAUAAACUGUGUCUCUCUUUCUCUUUCAGGCUGCCACCAACUUACAACCCAUUUAUCUGUGAAUAUAGGACCUGUUUGAUUGUGGUGUGAUAGUGUCUCUCCUAUAUCCAUCCUGUUACAUAAUGUUAUUCUAACUGAGAAAAGCAUGCACAAGCCAACACAAUGAGUGCAGUUUAAUCCAGCUUGGAUAUAUGACAUUGAAAAACAGUUCAUAUCUUGGAGGUUGUUGCUUGAAGGGGGGCCUGUAUCCUAGGUCUGGGCAGAUUAAAAUCUUGGUUGGGCCUAUUCACAGCACUGCAACAACAGGCUUCCAGCUGUGUAAGAAUAAUAAUCCCUCUGUUUUAAUCUUCUUGAGCGAGAGGUGAUCCAAGCCCUGGUUCGGACGGCAUCCAAGGGCACAGACAUACACUGGGAAACAGGUUUGAUGACAGUUUAAUGAUAAGCUAUAAUGAAUCGCCCAUAUGUUGUGUACAGGACUGCAAACAGAGGCUUAAAGCUGUGUUCCUGAGAGAGGAGCAGUAUGCGAAAGCCCAACAUGACAUCUGGGGAUGGCCGCAAUGCAAAUCAAAGGAUCUUCCUGGUGGGAUUAAUCCAUGGCUGUUAUGAUUAUUUGGGCCUUAAACUCAUAUGAUGUUUAUGUGUGCAGAAGCAGGGACGGCUCCAAUUCCACUCACAACAGCACGGGUUUAAGGAAGGAAGGCCUAAAUAGUGGGGAUUAUUCUCUCUCUCUCUCUUUUUCUCUCUCUCUCUCUCCCUUACCCUAUUUUUCGGCAUCAAAUGUUCUGCCUCUCAUUUCAGCCCUUGUUGCUGUGAUGACCACAGGCAUGAGUACACCAGGCGUUCAUCGAGGCUUCCUCAGGAAAUAUGGGGGCUUCAUGUUCAAGCAGUGGAAGGAGAGGUACCUUGUGCUGACCAUGGAGGGAAACCUGUUGGUGUGCCGCAAUGCAGAGUCCCCUCCAGACCAGGUGGUAGCACUACAAAUCAACUGUGAGUCGAUUGUAGAGGGACGAGAAAUCCUUGACCUGCCCAAGUUGCCUCCAGGGGGCCGGAGGGACUGCUGCUUCGCCCUCAUCCUGCCGCAGAACAAGUUCCUGCUGCUUCUCACUGACAACCCUGAUGACUGCAAUGUGUGGCUGAAGUUGAUCCGGAAAGUGAGAGAGAGUGUCAUGUCACCCCUGACCCUUCAGAGACAGCGUAGCAUCACUCCCUGCAUCACUGACAGAGAUCCCCUGCCCGACUCCUCCAGCGAUAAAGACCCCGGGUCACCCAGGGUUGGUGAGGGCACCCCUCCUUUGUCUCGAGUCACUGAACGGGGAGGCUCCCUCAGAGACAGAAGCCAAAACCAAGCCAGUGGACCACGACAGCCUCUGCGCAGUGUUUCUGUGGCCCCCCCUCAUCGUGUGUCAGAUUGUCUUCGCCAUGGCAACAGCAGCGAUGCCCGGGCGGUCAGGGCGGUGUGCCUGCUGAUGGGAGGGGCAGCGGCCUCCUCUGCUCUGGGCUACCUCAACUCCUGCUCCCCUUCCUCUCCCCUUGCCAGCAGAGCCCCAGAGAUCGCCCAAGGCACAGGGGGGUUCUCCGAGCUUCCUGCAGGGGGCUCCUUCCACGCCUGCAGCCAGGACGUCGACUCCCCACACUUCAACAGCUUUGACUUUGAAGGAGACUCCGACUUUGAUGCAUUUGACUGUGGAGGAUUUGCUUUUUAGUUUUUGACGAGACAGAGAAAGAAACUGUCUGAAAGACCUUUUAUUCUUAUCAAAGUCCCUGUGUUGGUAUUCCUUUAUAAUUUAAGGAUAUUGUUAAUAUCCUAACAAUUUAAUCUAAUUUAGAAAUUAAUGAAGGUGUUCUUCCUGGCUUUAUGCCCAUGCUCCUCAGGUAAAUAAUUCUUGAUCUUGACUCCUCUGAACACUGUCUGUCUGUGUUGUAUCAGUCUGUCCAUGCCGCAGGACGACUUGAGGUUAACAGGGUGAGCAGUAUAAUGAUUCCAGACAGCCACACGGACAUUUCUGAGGAAAUGUUGGUCUCAGAACUUUAACAGUUGUGUUUGUCUCAUCACUGUGUUCAUUUUAUACUUUUCUUUUUUAAAUUUGACCUCUGUGAAUAUUUUCUUCUCCCCCACAUUCUCUCUAUUGCAUUGGCACUUUGCUUGAUUUCCUUUUGCUCUGCUUUCAGAAAUCACCCCAUUACCCACCAUGUGCACAUACCAGUAUCUUACAUGAAAUAAAUCCUGCCGUCACCAUGAGCGUGCAUCUUUCUCUCUAGAUCCAUCUGUUGUUUGUCGGACAGCAGGCCAAAGUUUGGAAAGGAAGGAUGAUGGAGCAGAUUUGCACAAGAGGGGGAUAUGCAGAACCUGAAUGGCAGUGUCUGCUUAUCUUAUCUGAGAUUUUGUUGCACAGCAAAAAUAAUCUCUUGGGUUCAUGUACUGGAUGUGUCUUGUGUAUGUGUUUGUGUGUGUGCUCUUAGUUUUUACACCAGAAUGUGUGCUGAGAUCAACAUCCACCUGCUUACAAACCGCUGAGUGAAAGGAAAGCCUAAUGGAACAACCAGCCAUUUCAUGUUUCUGCAAACCACAGAUACAUUGAAUGUCUACGUUUUGAUAGGUAUAAUACGUAUCAUAACAUUUCUACAAUACCUAUCAUAUGGAAAGUGGCGUAGUUCAGAUGACAUCCUCUAUGGCAAACUUCCAUAUGAGGAGGUGGAUGGGAGGUCGGUGGCGUGAUCAGUAGCCAGAUGGCUGGAGUUGCAAAAGCAGCAGAGACUUGCGUUUGAGACCACUGUUAGCUUCCCAUUUCAACCGACAGAACCGGACAUUUGUAGCCUGUUAGCUUCACGUUUCAAGUGCAAAACAGGACAUUUGUAGCUGUUUUUGUUGAAACAAAACUGGGUAUUUUUUAGCGAGGUGUCCGGAUAUUUGUAGUCGUUUUUGUGGCAACAAAACUGGUAUUUUAACCCAGAUCAUGAUCUUUUCCUAAGCCUAACCAAGUGUUUUUUUGUGCCUAAACAUAACCAGACCUUAACCACAGCGUUUGAAACAUAGAGAUUCAACGUUUAAAACAUAGAGAUUCAACAUCCGUGGUUUACAGAAAUGUAAAAUGGCUACAUUUCAUUCUGCCGAUUGGGUUGGAACAACUGCCCAUGCAUUUUUGCUGUCUUCCUUUGCCACGUACAAGAAGGACUCAACUGUCACAGCGAUUGUGAUGCCAUAACUGAGAAAUAGAAGAGAAAAAUAAAAAUAAAUAAAAAAUAAAAAAAUAAA